GUUGAAGCUCCGACAAGCAUCUUACCAUUAUUAAUGCUUCAGCUGCUGGACUGAAUUUUCCUUCAUUCCGCUCAUUGACAGUCUAACUGUCUCCUUUUCAUCUCUGCUUCUUUGAAAAUCAUUCACCCUUUAUUUUACACCUCACACCCCACGAACAAUACUAGCAAACAAACCCAAGAAAGAUGGCUCGUUUGAGCUUCCUCCUCGUGAGCUCCCUAGCUCUCCUUAUCAGCGUCGUCUCCGCCACCUCCGCCGUCCUCGACCUGAUCCCCAAGAACUUCGACAAAGUCGUCCUGCAAUCCGGCAAGCCCGCGCUCGUCGAAUUCUUCGCCCCCUGGUGCGGCCACUGCAAGACCCUUGCCCCCGUCUACGAGGAGCUCGCCCAGGCUUUCACCCACGCAGAGGACAAAGUAAGCAUUGCCAAGGUUGAUGCCGAUGCGAACCGCGAUUUGGGCAAGAGGUUUGGGAUCCAGGGGUUCCCCACGCUGAAGUGGUUUGAUGGCAAGAGCGACAAGCCUGAGGAUUACAAUGGCGGGCGGGAUCUCGAGUCGCUGUCGGCGUUUAUCACGGAAAAGACGGGCGUCAAGCCUAAGGGAUCCAAGAAGGAACCCAGCAUAGUGGAUAUGUUGACGGAUUCGAGCUUCAAAUCUACUAUUGGGGGGGAUAAGGAUGUGCUUGUUGCGUUUACGGCUCCUUGGUGUGGACACUGCAAGAGUCUUGCCCCCACCUGGGAAGCCCUCGCCAAUGACUUCGCCCUCGAACCCAACGUCGUUGUCGCCAAGGUCGACGCUGAAGCUGAGAACGCAAAGACCACGGCCAAGGACCAGGGCGUUACCGGAUACCCCACGAUCAAGUUCUUCGCCAAGGGCUCUACAGAAGGAGAAAUCUACUCUGGCGCUCGCACAGAGCAAGCCUUUGUUGAAUUCCUCAACACCAAGGCCGGCACCCACCGUGCUGUUGGCGGCGGACUCGACGACAAGGCCGGCACUGUUCCCGUUCUGGAUGCCCUGGUUGCCAAGUACACCGCGUCCGACCUGGUCGCGGAGGUUAAGAAGGCCGCUGCGUCCGUGCAGAACAAGUACGCCGCUUACUAUGUCAAGGUUGCGGAGAAGCUUAGCCAGAACCAGGAGUAUGCGGUCAAGGAGUUUGCCCGCUUGAAGAAGAUCCUUGCGAAGGGUGGCUCUGCGCCGGAGAAGAUUGAUGAUAUCAUCUCGCGCAGCAACAUUUUGCGCAAGUUCUUGGGCCAGGAGGAGGAGGAGGAGGAGGAGGAGGAGAAGAAGGAGGAAAACAAGGACGAGUUGUAGAUUUCUUUCCUCUCUCUUUGAGAAGCUUGGCUUUCUAUGAACGGGGACAGAGACUUUGCUACACUUAUGAUGUUUUUUUUUUUUUUUGUUGCUUGGUAGGUAUAACCUUGAAAGAUUAAAACCAUGUAUAAACAAAAUCCGAGUUUGGUUCCUAUCGUGAAUGAAGAAUGAUAUAUUUCCUUUUCAUUUUUCUCUCUCUCUUCCUUCCUACUCCUUUCCAGACAGCAUGCAAAGCCGUAAUAUAUAGGGUAUAAUAGGGUAUCCCUGACAAUUCACACGAUACACAAAACCCGACCGCCAGAAACAAUACAAAGAGGAUUAUAGGACACAAAUAACCCACAACUCCAGUUUAACAUGGGACCCCAUCAUCAUCAUCAUCAUCAAUAUCAUCAUCAUCAUCAUCAUGUAUUAAAUAUU